AAGGACAGAGACCCUACAGGAACCUGAAUCCUACAGUAACAUACAGCCAAGGGAGACACUAACUGCAUAAGGGGGGAGCAAGGGUCAAGUAUGACCCUCCAGACCAGCCUAAGUGUCAGUCAGUGCUCUCGGGGGGAGCCAGGGUCCAACAUGAUUGAAAACGCAGUAUACUCCCAACUAAAACCAGUAAACAUGUCUGUGGAGUGCACGGAGGACAGCGCUGUGUUUGAGGAUAUCAAACCUGCCAUACGACUGCUGGAGAUCCAACCGGAACUCAAUGAGACAAGGCUAGAAAUGGACAAAUAUCUGCUGGGCCAGAUGCCUCCAUUGCAGAUUCUUUCAGAUAAGAAGUAUCGAAGAGAGAGUGCCUCAGUGGUAGAUGAGUUCUUUGAAGCAGAAAAGCCUCCUCAAACCCCAUACAGUGUCAACAUCAACGUCAUUCUUCCGGACACUGCUCAUCUCCGCACAGGUCUUUAUCGACCUUCAAAAACUUUCACCGUCCUCCCACCAGUCAAGACAGAGCCAGGUACUGGCUUCCCUCAGUCAUGUUCUACCUCCAUGACACAAACUCUACCAGAUUUUACCAGUGUCUUCAGCUUGCCCCACUCAGUGGCAGGAAACAAUAUCUUAAUCAAACAAGAGAGACCUUCAGAAGUACCUCUCUCAACAUCUGUCCCACAACAUCCACUUUUCUAUCAUAUGUCUUUGGCCAAUGAUGCUCUAAGCUUAGCUCAGUCUUCUCAAACCACAUCUGUUGUCAACUCAAGCAAUGGAGUUGCCAAUACUAACAAUGUGAGUUCCAAUACUUUGCCUCAGUCUCCAAGGCCUCAUCAAGUCAAGGAAUUUCAGGUUUUGGAGCAAGCUGGUGUCCAGGUUUCUGGGCAAUUUUACCAAUCUCCAAUUGUCACAUUACCACCUUCCCCUCCUAACUCACAGCCGGGUAGUCCUGAAAAUCAACCAGAAUUAAUCAACACAAUUUCCCCACCUCCAUCUUAUGAGGCCACAUUUGGACUAAAGCUUGUUCAGACAUCACAAAUCCAUUCUGUCCCCAACAGCUUGAGUUCUGUAGUGUCACAAGGGCAAGUGAUCAUGACAAUUCCCAAAUUCAACAGGCGAAACAAUCCAGAACUGGAGAAGAGGAGGAUCCAUCACUGCGAUUACCCAGGUUGCACAAAAGUCUACACUAAAAGUUCACAUCUCAAGGCGCACCAACGGACACACACAGGUGAGAAGCCAUAUAAAUGUGCCUGGGAGGGCUGUGAUUGGCGCUUUGCCCGUUCUGAUGAGUUGACGAGACAUUACCGCAAACACACAGGUGCCAAACCCUUCAAGUGUGCCGCCUGCGGACGCUGCUUCUCCCGCUCAGACCACCUCGCCUUACAUAUGAAGAGACACCAGAACUAGUGCUCAGGCUUUCAAUAUAUGCAUCAUACUGCAUUUCUGUACAUAGAACAAAGAGACUCUUAGGGAAAUAUUCCAUGGAUCUUCUUGGCUACUUUAAGGACAGCUUUGAUCAAGGAAACUAAGAAUUCUGGAAGUUGACCAUUCACAGGUUCUACAUUUUAAUAUUUUAUUUGUAGCAUAAGUAUUUAAGUACAAGCCUUAAGACUGUUUUCAUAUUAAUGAGGCUGUCCAGAAGAACUGAUUUUCUCCAUAAAUCUGAUGUUUCAUCGUUAAAGAUUUGCCCUUUAAAUAAUUUCUUCUGGAGGUAUGAGACCUAGAACUCUUCCACUGACUUUAAGCCAAAACUAUAACCAUUUUAUAAAUGGCUUAGAAGUUUCAUGAGCAUCACCUACUAAAGGGAGACAUACAAUUGUAACCUCAAAAUGGAUUUAAUUCCAAAAUCAACAAUGUUUAAAAAGGUAAAAAUAUCUUUAUAGAGAAGACUUUGACAUCAACACGCUGGGCCUUCUUCCAAAGAUAUGUAAGCAGACACAUGAUUGACAUCCUAACCUGAUUCCCCACAAACUCAUUUCAAUUUAAAUAAAAUGUAUAAAGAGGAAUGAAAGUCUCUUGACAAGUUAUACCAGUUCUUUGUCUUUCCAUACACUGGGCCUUUGCACUGGGAUUUCUUCAUUACCCUGCACCUAUCUUACAUAAUGGAUGACCUCUGGAGGGCGACCUCUAUAAAGCACUUCCGGUUUUAAGGGAGAACUGUGACAAUAUAUUUUAUCUUCUGCACAAUGAACAAAAUGUCUCUUUAUUAUUCACAAAUGAUGAAUUUUUUUUAUUCCAAUUAAAUAAGCAUACAUUUCUAUAUUUGUCAGAAAUGUUGAAUGUUCUUGAGUUCUGGACAUAAAUAGAAAGUGUUGUAUAUAUCUGCACACUUCUAAAUGACUGCUUGCAAGUUUGAAUAAUACAGUGGAACAAAUUAGAAAGUAUUGACAGAAUAAACACAGAUUGCAGUGAUUUUUGUGUGUAAAAUGUAAUUUUACAUUCUUCUUUUGUUUUGAAGUGGUAGUUUUUUUUUGUAGACAUAAAAGCAGAGCAUUAUAUUGAAAAUGAUUGUAGUUAAAAUAAGAUUAGUAGUGCUUGCUUUUUUAAAUUAGGUUUGUCACCUGGACUUUCAAAUGUAUUUUUUAACAUUCUCCUCUUUAUGGAUGAGUACACUGCUUACCUAAAAUGAGGCCUCUUCAGUUUUUUUGCAUAAUCUCUGGCAAAACUUUAGUACAACCAUUCUAAAAUCUGUACACAUUAGUAAGAACUAACCUUAAAGAGGCAUUGUACUCAAUAUUUUUUAUCAUUCACAUAAAAGAGCAUAAUUUAAGCAUGUUGUUUUUAUUAUUAUUAUUAUUAUUAUUAUUAUUUUUGUCUUCACAGAGGUAAAAGAUAUUUACAUUACAUAAAACGAAUACAGCAGCAUCAUUAUUGUACUUCCUACCUAAUGCUCAUUGGGUGAUAGGUAUUUCCUACAUAGGGCCAGAUUACAAGUGGAACUUUUUUUGCACUUCCGCUACAGCGAUAACUCCGCUAGAAUUAGGAUUUUUGCUCUAGUCAGAUUGCGCUCAUAUUACAAGUAAACAGUUUUUUCUAAAGCGGUAACCCAACCAGUGCAAAAAUCAGAAAAAGUGGAAAAAAACACCCCACUCUUGCACAAACACCAUCACAUAUUCUCAUUAGGGCUAACCCGACAUGAAAAUAUGAAUAUUUCAUAUUCUAAUGUUCUUUUACGUAAUGGAAUAUGUUCUAAUUAUUUAUAAAUAUAUAAUUCUACAUAUAUAUGAUUUUUAUUAAACAAAUAUAUAUAUAUAUACACGAUUAUAUAUAGGUAUAGAUAUAGACAGAUAUAUAUACUAUAUAUAUAUAUAUAUAUAUAUAUAUAUAUAUAUGAAUAUCUAUUUAAAGAUACAUAGAACAUAUUCUGCUAUGUACAGAACAUUAAAAUGUGAAAUAUUUACAGUAAUACAUAGUUAAAACUUUUAAUAAAUAUGAAUAUUGCAUAAAUAUAAAUGUUUUUACAUGUUUUCAUCUACUUAACGGCAAAAGACUCUACUGCACUUAUAUAUAUGUCUGUAUAUGUAUACAUAUAUAUUUAUGUGUUUAUAUGUCUAUAUAUGUCUGUAAAUACAUAUAUACAUAUGUACACACACACACAUAUAUAUAUAUAUAUAUAUAUAUAGUUAUUAUAAGUGUAACUGUACUUUAUAAUGUAUUUUUUAAGUGUUUUGUGCAACAAACAAUUAACCAGAGCUCUGAAAUUGCGGCAAUGAUUCUAGCGUAAAUCUCGCAAUCGCGUUUACUUUCAACUUGUAGUACAAGCAGGAAACCCGAUAAGUGCAAACCCUCACGAUAUACCUCUUAUUGCCAUGGCUCAAAUUAUGCAAUGUUUUAUUUUCACACAAACAAAGAAGUUUUUAGUUAUUGGUUGUCCUUAUCUGCCAAUGAGGAUUAGUAGGAAGCACAAAACCAAUAAUGUAGCAUUAGUUUUAAUUUUAUUUUUAACAGCUUCUACUUAACAAAAAACAACAACAAAAAUACACCAUGUGCAAAUGCUUUUAUUUCAUAUGAUGAUAUCAAUGUAUUGAGUUUAUUGUCCCUUUACUUAAUAUCGUACUAUCUGAAGCAUUGACCACAGUCACAUUUGUACUUGAAGAACCAGUAAAUACAGUAGAUUUGCAUAAUCAACAAAGCAAGAUAACAAUACAUUGCAAUAGCACUUAGUCUGAACUUCAAAUGAGUAGUAAAUGUUUUUCUGACAAUUUUAAACGUUAUGUCUAUUUUUACCCCCCCUGUACCACGUGACAGCCAUCAGCCCAUCACAAAUGCAUAUACGCUUAUUCUGUGAAUUCUUGCACAUGCUCAGUGGGAUGCUUGUGACUCAAAAAGUUUAAAUAUAAAAAGACUGCACUUUUUUAAUGGAAGUAAAUUGGAAAGUUGUUUAAAAUUGCUGCUCUCUCUGAAUAAUGAAAGUUUAAUUUUGACUUGAGUGUCCCUUUAAAGGGACAUGGAAGUGAUGCAUCAGGUGUAACUUGUCACCUCCAGUGUCCUUGUUGUUAUUACCAUGCAUGCUUUUCUUUUGCAAGUUUUAAAUUAAGCAUUGGCUUUUCCUGCCAGUCCUAGAUGGCUCCAAAUCUGUGGCAUCUUUUUUUAAAGUGCAUGGGGGCUACACAGCCAAUGAAGUAAAAUAACAUCUAAACAUUUAUCCUCAGUGGAAGUGAAGUGUUGGGUGCUGUGCUUGUUCCUACUGUUGAGGGAGAAAGAGAAGAAACUGCAUGUGCUAAGUUUUUCUCCAGUCUCUCUUCCCUGUCAAAAUGAACAUGCAAGGAGUAAACUACCACUUAGGUUAAUGGAUUUAACAAAAAGAUAUCUUAUUGGCUGCAUCUCCCAGAAUUAAAAAAAGAAAAUGCUCAGUGAGGGGGUGAUGAGAUGCUGCAGAAUUCUACUGGGAUUGAAAUAACUUCCUACACGGACAUUAUUUUAUGCUUUUUCACCAACAUUGCAGAAAAUCACUUUCUCACAAGCUACACUUCACUUCUCUUAGCAUUAGCACUGUGGUACAGUCUCCUGUAUCUGACAAUCCCAGACUUACUGAAGAGAACCAGCAUGCAGAUUUCCACCAAACCAGUAUGUGUGUGAAUGUGAAUAACUGAUAUCUCAGAAGGAAAAACUUUCAGAAUUCUUGAAACUGAGUUGUAAUGAAUGUGCAAUUUUAUUAUGAAGCUAGCCUCUCUUUGGUACACCAGAAUGGUACUUUAAAAACAACAUAGACAUGCAGUUAUCAUCUUCUUCUUAUAUUUCUCUGUUAGACAAAAAUAUAGUGUUUUACCUUAUGUACAAUAUAGUGACAUGCAUCAAUGUUUACUCUUAAUUCUCUACAAUCUUACUGAUGCUUCAUAUUCAGUAGGUAUAUAGCAAAAUACACAUUCUGUUCAUCUAUUUUGUUAACAAUUGUAAACAUUUUUUUAAACGUUGAAUAAAUCUUUUUUGUUUUUCUUAUUCA